AUGGAAGUGGAAUUCGAUUCAAGACCUGUCCGACCAGGAUCGCUAAUCUGGUCCGAGGACAACAUCCUCGCUCUGGUCACUCCUGCCUGCGUCAACAUCGUCACUCCCUGCCUACCGGGAGCUCUGGAUCGGUCCCCGAUAAAAUGCAUCCUCUCAAUUAUCACUUCGAGACACUCAGUCAUUUUGUACAUCCCAACAUCCUCGCACGCAGACAGGCAAUGGCAAAAGCAUCUCGUCUUGGAUCAAUACCUUUCGACAUACUGGGGAGCACAGCCACAGAUUGAACCUGAGAUGGCCGACAAACUUGAAUCGGUCUCUUUGGCAUGGUCUCCAAAAAUUCACUUCGGAGGGAUUGGAUCGGUACUGGCUCUAGGAAAUAAAGCUGGAUAUGUCACCCUCUGGCACGUCACCAGCAAGGAAAACGUUCGCUGCAUCGAGUCUUGGAAAACAGAAAGCGAGACAUGGGUGAUUCAGUUGUCCUGGUCGCCUUGGGUUCUGGAAGGGGGCCGAUAUGUCUCUAUGCUUGCCUAUGCCACCGCGGACGGACAAGUUCGGGUCCGGGAGGUGAAGUUCAAUCCGGAGUCCCCCCUCGAGGGCAUUGACGUGUCUGAAAACGUGAUGGAAACCCCCAACCAGACUCUCCACCCAUGUACAGUUCUCCGGUGGAGCCCGACAUCUUAUGAGACGGCGAAUAAGCGCAACAUGCUGGCUUUCAGCCGAGGAAACAGACUGAACGUGUGGUUUCCGCACUCAAACAGGACAGUGAUGUGGAGGCGACCUAUUGCAAAGGCGAUUGCGGACAUCACAUGGGACACACAUGGAAAGCGACUAAUCGUGUUUUUAAUGGACGGCAAGCACUGUGUAUUGGAUUUGCAGGAUGACGGCCUGAAGGUGGACGACGAACAAGUCGAGUUCAUCCACCAAAGCAUCAUAUCUCGUUGCCAUAUGCAGACCAAAACGAAUAUCACACAGGACGAAGGCGACGCUGAUAAUGCCAAUGCAGAUGACGAGGGUGCGGAUGAGGAGAACAGUGGAGGGGCGGUCAUGGGAAGCAAGUUACAGCUGCACAUCAUCUCCGGAAGCGCCUCAUCCGAGAGGGUUCAACUUGCCACCGCAUACUAUGUUACAUCUCCAUUCCACAUGGAGUUCCAACGCGAACGAUACCAAUCAUCAACACUGACGCUCUCCAAAGCCCACAAGACCCUUCAAGGUGCACCCGCAAAUGCCUUGUUCGACAGGCUGGAUACGUACAUUCGCCUUCCUAACGCUGCACUGACUAGAAAUCCGGCGUUUCACAUGUGGGACAUGCUUUUGUUAUUGGGGGAGAGCUGGAAAGCUAGAGACUCUGGAUCAGCCAACCUCGAGCGGCUCAUAACGGUUUUAAGCAGCAAGACGAAAAAGGCACCAGCUACUCUUGAAAUGUUCUCUAAAAGAGAUGCACUCGUCGACACGAAUACCUCGCUGGAAUCAAGCCAACUGAAGCACUGCGAGUUAGAGGGAUCAUUAGUAGAGCGAUUUGAGCUUCAUGUUCGCGAUGCAGAAACUCGCGUCAGGAAGCAUAUUACCGAGAGCGUCCUUGCCUUGCAUAACGAGGCGUCCGCCACAUCUACGUCGCCACUGCAAGAGACCACGUAUCUUCGACUCCAAGGCUCAUGUGCCGUCGACGAGCAAUUGGGAGUGCUUCAGGACAUCAAAAAAGGCGGGUCUCCGGAUCGUGACUCGUUCGGAUCAGGGAGGGAAGAGUGCCCAGCAUGCGAUGCUGAAGUCAAGUUGGAGGAUAUGCAGGAGGCGACUUGUGCGAACGGGCACAUGUGGCGGAGGUGCUCGGUGACUUUGCUUGUGAUAGCAGACUUCCACCCUCGGACAUGUCUUGGCUGUGGGCGAAAGACACUAAUGGUUCCUGAUGCACAGGCUGACGCGUCUACGUUGCCAGGCACCACGGCGACCUCGUGGCUAGAGGUUGUUCUCCGAGCGCACAGUCUGUGCGGAUACUGUGGGGAGCGAUUCUACACCGCGCUCAGGAGGCGAGCCUAG